UAGGAUUGAUAAAAGUCUGAAAUGUGGACGCAGCAUUUGGUUACGACAUGCGUGGAAUGUAUCUGACAUAUUCGAACUACAUGUGCUUUCAAUGCCUAUGAAAAAAAAGGUAAUUUAUUAUUCUUCUUAAUACACAUCACAGUCGCCAGGACAUGACCUACAAGUAUGUAGCACGGGCUUCACGAAAUACAUACCUACCUAGUAACUUGAAAUGGAGAAUUAAUUUCGGUUCUUAAUAUUAGCUUGAUUAUGAGAAAGUAAUAUAGUCAUUAACAAAAUUGAUGACUAACAUACUGACUGGCACAAGGCAAAUUCGACUUGUUUUGAUGACAGCUCUAGACAUGACAACCGGGCUACUAGAAGUAAUUUUAAAGAAAUGUAUUAUAAACUCGGAAAACUUUGUCACGCACGACAUUAGCCAGGUCAGAAUAGUCUGUCAAAAAAUGUACUCAAAAACCGAUCAAUACAGAGCCACAGAAGGAUAAUAAAAUCGAUUAUCGAAUAAAUCAAAUUUACAAGAACUAUGUAGUCACACUAGCCACAUCAAAAUAAAUUGGAUAAGGUUUAUUAAACCCACUAAAUAUUACAGAACAUACAUCAAAGUCAUUACAGCAAAAAUAUAAUUAAAUCCUAUUGAGUCCAACUAUUAACUGUCGGAGUUUGACUAAAUAGUUUCUAAUACCUAUAUAAAAUUAAUAAAGCUAAAUAUAGAAGUCGUUAAUAGAAAGCAUUAAUAUUUCUGCCGGCAGUUGGGAUGGAAACCACGUUUGGUAUUUGGGCACAACAUGGUAUUAUUUAUGACUACAUUUAAGAUGAGAUUUGUCGAUGUUAACCAAACGAUAUAUAGGGAAAAUGCCGCCCGUGUGUUUUUUGUUACAUAUUUUCAAUUAAUAACACAGUGGGCAAAGGUAUAUAAAAGUAUUCUUGUAUUCCAAGGGCUAAGUGUUGCUUGUGCUACCAAGGAAGAGAUUUAUCUACCUAUAUGUUCGAGGAAUAAGUGUAGGUAAUUACAUAUUUACUUACUAAACAGGUACUAAUUUUCUAAAGUGCGAACCAAUUAUGGACCAAUUGCAGGAAGGGUGUGACAUUCAAUAACCUGUGCGGCAGAAAUAGUUACCUAUAAUUUAAACAAAUCUGUUCCCAAAGCCAUUAUAUUUUUAUGUCAAUAGAUCACGGUUUGACCGUGAUUCAUUUAAUUAAUUUCGUGAUCCGAAAGGUCCGGAUUGUGCUGAGCGAUAUGGCGUUACCGCGCGUUGCAUGCAGAUUGAAAACUCUACGACCGUAGGGCAGUCGUGUCGGACUCGAACGCGGGAAUCGCGGGAAAUCGGACUGUCUAUGGUUUUAAGUGUUUUUUUUUUCUGUGGACGGAUUAUGGUUUGGAUUGAAUUUUAGUGGAGUUUUAAGAAUAACGGAAUGAAAUGUGAUGCUUUGAUAGGGCUGGCGGGAACACAAAGAUGAUUGAGCACGAAAAUUCAAACUUCCACAAGAUGCGAGUCCAAAAGUCAGAAGCCACCUAGUGACAAGCAGAGAAUGACUGGCCGAGCGUAUCUGUGAAUUAGUUGCGCGUACUCCAACAGAGAUGGCGCUGAUAUUGCUUCUGGUGUUGGCGGUCGGUGCUGGCGCUUCCACACCGGGCGGAGAGGUGGCGCUGGCGAACGUUACGAGAUUCGCUACCGGAGAUGCGUUUGCCCUCGUCAGCUCCGACUGUGGAAUGACGCGCUGCAUGGAGGAAUCUCACGGCACCGCGCUGCCCAUGGGCGGCCAGGGCUGCGUGUGUCAAUGCGGCCAAGAUACACCCGCGUUUCGUGAGGACCAGAGGACGUGCGUCGGCCAUAUAGACGAAUGCGUGAUGGCGAGCUUCGGCCGCGGCGCGACGAAGCCGCAGAUCCCACUGGUGUUUUUGCCGAUGAAAGGACAAAUCAUGUACCCUUCCAAAGAAAUUAUUUUUACGGACGUGGACGACGCGGUUUGCGCAGUAACCAGUGCGCAGUAUCUGUCUCCGUCUGGGUGGGUGACGCUGCGAGAUCUACUCGACAAUGAUGUGCCGUUUGGACUGUAUCGGGAUGAGGGAAGCACUUUCUUGCAGUGGCGAGGCUCAACAACGCUUCACAACCGUCUGGAUGGCCGGCUGGUGGCAGUUCACGUGCUGUGCUCGGCUCCGACACCAACCCGCCUGGCUGCCUCAUGUGCGGCCUUCCGUGUGGCUGGUGCCUCACAUAACAUUGACGUCCGUUCGAUACCUUUCCAUGCUGGAGAAAUUGUAACAGCAGAGCCUGCGACACAAAGCCAAGGUCUAAGCGUUUUGGAAUCCUUAGCCAUCGGAGUUUGUGUCUUGAUGCUGGUCUUCGUCUACGCAGCAGGCAUUGUUUUCUAUGUCCAUUAUAAACAGAGGCAGAAGAGAAAGGAGAAGGACCCUGAAAUGAACUUCUCAUCGACCAUGUCCACUGAUAAUGGUUCUACGUUAGACUCUAGAAUAGGGUUGGAUAGCAUGAGAAUGAAAACAAAUCCCUUGAUGAAAUUGGAUGGAGAUUUCCUAAAUGACGCCGGAUUGUCAGAUGUUAGUGAACGCACUGAAGAAACAAUGGAUUCAUAUACUUCAGAAAAGUUCCAGAAAAUGAAUCCCAACGUGGUGUCUGCGAUGGUUCACACUAGUCGUAUGAAGAAAAAACCCGUACGGCCUUCAAAGCGAACCUCAACGACACCGGAGCGCGUGAUAGAACGACUGCAAAGACGUUCUGCGUCUCCAGACACAUUCGAGCGAGCUCCGCAUUCGGACUUGUCUAUUGUGGACUAUCGAGUGGAAAAUGCGGUCAAUCAACCGCCGCAUUCGAAUGGUGAACCAGCCAUUAGGAGGAAGUUAUACUUCAAUCCUGUAUUCUUUGAAACAGAACAUUUGAAGAAUCCGCCUCCAGCCGCUCUUGAAUUUCUCGUGAAAAUCCGAGAAGUCAUGUCGAUCGCCAAAGAGAAGAUGACAUCUAAAAGAUUUAUCCCGAUUUUGUCAGAUAUUCCAGAGGAAGAAUUAUAUCAUACUAUUGACCUAGGUUGGGAUAUUCCAUGCGCGAGGCGUGGGCGUCGAUUCAGUGCUAUUAGCUUGAAACGAGAAAAUAGUCGAAGAGCCGUUCACUGCGGUGGAUGUCCAGGUUGCAAUAGUAGCGAGAGAGAACAGAAAGCCGCAGUUGCUUUGGCUCGAUCUAACUCGUGCAAAACGUGCGUUAGUGAUGACUACAAGCAGAAGAUCGUACGUAAAUGGUUAGAUGAUGUACCUUUACCGCCCAAUUCAACAAAAUCUGUUAAACCAGUUGCUGUAGCUAAAGUCAGUGGAACUCCGAGAGUAAGUGAACCCAAAACUCCUGAGCUACCUCGUCAAAGCCCAGAACCAAUCAGGAUUGAGGUACCUAAGCCUACCAAAAUCACGGGAACCAAUUUAAAGGAAGCUUUACAUGCUAUUCCCCAUGUACACUUAGACAGUAGGAAAGAGGUUAGACGGGGGUCAGAUCAAAAAAUUACUAAAGAGGAUAAUGCGAUAGACAGUGUAAAUGAAGAACCAAAAACAAAAGCUCCUACAAUGGUUACACUCGACAAACGAAGUCCAUCGAGUCACGCUACUCGACGUGUCCGAAAAAGAUUACCGCCACCGCCUCCGCCUCCUGAUAUGCCACCACCCAUUCCAAAAACUGAAGAACAACCUGUUGCCCCUGAAGUAAAGGCUAAAAUGCAAGCCGUUAUACAGGAACUAAAUCAGUGUCGGCGAGGUGAGCCCAAAGAACUAGAAGAGCUAAAAACUGAAACCAUUGCACCAAUUUCCCCCAAAAUCGUUAUUCCAGUUUUAGCAGCUGACUCGCAUUAUUUCAGUGACGAUAAUCUCUUAGAAACUAGGCGACGGGAAUCAUUCAUUGAUUUUGACAGUUUAGAGCGCAAUAAUUUAUUAAAAAAGAGGAGGUUCUCUUUAGCUUGCGGUCCUGAAAUAUCAAUGAGAGACAUAACACCAUACCAGCCACAUAUACCCACCCCUAAACAGAGAUUGUCACAAAGUUGGCGCGAUGUCAGAAAAGCGGUGGAAGGUUAUCAAGUGUCAAGCGCGGCCUCAGUUGAUUCUGAAUAUGAAAACCGAAGUCUACCAGUGAGCGAAGUCUUUAUAAAUACCAUGGAGCCUUUGUAUAAUAACUUACCUAAACCCGGGGCCUUGACUAUUCAAGUGAGUGGCUCUCCAGUAGAGAAGAGGCGUAACCUAAAUGACGACUUUGAUCCUGAUACAUUAGAUAGAAAGCCAAGGCGCGAAGUCAAGAAACGCGUGGACAAGAUUCUUCUGAAAUCUGGAGGCAGCUUCAAGCACAAAUUUACGGAGAUAGAUAGUAAAGAGAGUAAAUCUCCCGAUAUUGGGUUGACGAGAAAGAUUGGCAGCCUGAGACAAAUUUAUGAAGCUAAAACAAAGGUACAAGAUGAUUCAUUACGGUUGUCAUUCUAUGAAAGGCGAGGUAGUGUACCUUAUGGAAGCGAAGAAGUAUCGAGAUUCGUAGCUGCUCUUAAGACUCCUGAUCUGAUAAGGCAAGUCAAUGUGCAACAAGAUGUUAGGCCACCGGUGCCACCAAAACAGCGGCAGCCAAAUCUUUCUCCGAAAUUUUCCACUCCAACCCGUGAAAGUCCACCAGGUGAACGGAGAAGAGCUUUAGAAGAGAGAGAUCGAUUCCCUCCAUAUUCGAGAGCCGAGAACCUCAACGCCCGACGAUCCGGACGCAGACUACCCCGAACCAGAUCGCGUAGAACCGAUCUGAGGAAACUUUACAAAACCGAGGACUCUGGAUACAUGAGCACAGACUCCAACGAAUCCAAGCGCAGGGCAAGAUACUUGAUGCAGCUGCGACCGCCAAAAACUGUUGUACCUGAACACACAAUGAUGCCAUCUAUAACCGUAACUAAUAAGACACCGCCUCUACAAAUCGAAUCUGAUACUGAUGAUUUAGAGUCGCUUUGCGACGGUCGUAGUGAGUCGGGGGGAGAAAGCGUUGAAACAGAUUCAGUUUUCUUUGGUAACUUUGACGAAUCCAAACAAAUGCUGGCUGAGUUAGGAAUGUACAGUUAUGAAGGUCAAAAAAGGAUACAAAGUCAAGAGCAGAUUGACUCUGGGUUCAUGGGUGAGACGAAUAUAAUUUUAAGUGGAGACAGUGAUUCGGAGCACAGGAGUGUCAUUUCGAUAAUAGCGGGUCGCGACGGGCGCGCCUCGGCCGCUUCCAUUGCACAAUUAGAUGACCCCCCAUUCGUUCACUCUGUUGAAUGUUAAUGAACACCAGAGAGGAGUAAUCAUUAAAGAUUGCUAAUCUAUAAAUUCUGACUUUGAGUUUACUAACAGGGAUUUGUAAUAUGAGCGAGGUUUUAUCGCAACGCUAUACAAAAAGGCACAGCCACUUCUUUUAAUUAGUGUCAUUUAGACAAACUCAUUAUUCAGUUAGGAAAUAUGCCGAUUAGGAGUCAUUAUUCUUUACUUUUCUGUGUCACAAUUAUGUACAGAAUACUUAUUGUUUAAAUGUAAAUAAUGUUAUAUGUGUCAAGUAAGUAUGAGAUUAUUUUUCUUAAGUGUCAUUGACAUUUUUAUACAUCAUAUCACGAUUUUUUGUUUUAUUUGUUUGAUUUAUUACAUUGUUAUUUGCUUGACAAAACUUAAACAAGUGCCUAGUAAAUUAAUAGAUAAAGUCCGACUUUACCUCAAUAUACGUACAUGGUUUGGAAUAAUCCAAAAAAUAAUCAAGAAAAUUGUAUAAAUAUUAGUUCAUAAUCAUACAGCCCACCAUUGAUGUAAUUGUAUGUUGUUGUUUAAACAUAAAUAAAAAAUAGAUUGUAUCAUUUAAAUCGGAUAUUGUCAUAAAAUUAAUAAUAGUUUUCUUUUUUAAUUUUUAAUUUGUUCGUUUACGUUAAUUGUCUAUGUUGUUGAUAAAGAUGUAUAUUCAAUAACCGGCCGGUUGUGCAAUUAAAUUAUAUUUUAUAUCUAGUGGAUCCGAGAUGGAAAUUUUUGGAUGAAUUUAAUAACUAUUUUAUAUCGUUAAGACCUUUUUUAAUUUCAUUAAUUCCAUUGAAUUUAGCGAUCUAAAUUAGUCAUACGUUUCAAAUGUUUCAAUACCUAACUUUCGGUUACUGGUCCUUAACUAUGAAAAAUAUUUUUUAAAUUCGUUUUUUAUGGAUUGUUCUCUGGUGUUUGGUACGGAUUAGAGGCUCAAAUAUUUAUUGGAUUUAUUACGUUUAAAAAGUUGUUUAUUAUAUAGGGAUUAAAUACAUAAGUUAGAGAAAUGAAUAUUUUUGUACUUUGUUUUUCUACAAAGCAAUAUUGAAAAUAUUGUCGUGUGAAUAAAUUGUUUUAUUUUUA